UUAAACUAAAUUGUAAGCUAAUCCGUUAUAUGCCGGAAAUUUUGAAUUUUCCAUUUUAUAGCUGCAAAUUUGAUUUAUAUUUACAACACAACAAGUUUUCAUCAUAGAUCUAUCAAGAGUAAGAAGUAAUCACUUUUAUUUCAAUGUUUAAGGUAUCCUUGUGGCUCAAUCAAGCCAUCUACUUUAUGAUGAUGAUGCUUUGGAUGGCAGAAGGUUCGAUUUCAACUGAUUCAUCAUCCCCUAGUCUUUAUUGUCCUGAACAGGAUAGUAUUCAUAUGGUAUUUUCUUCACUUGUCACCUUUUUAGAAAUGAAUGAAACUAAUCAUCCAACUGCCACUGAAAAAUUUGAUGGGUUUCCUAGUACAUAUACCUUCAACUUCACUUUGAAUCCAUUUUAUUAUGGAUUUUUUGGAAUUGCAGCUAAUGAAAGUGAUAUAAUUCAUAAAUAUCAUGAUCACUUUGUAAUAAUUGGAGAGGAAAUGGUUCAAGUUAUAAGAGUAAAUCAAUUGUCAUCCUUCGUUAAUGGAAUUAGGGAUACAUUUACAGUUCGGACAUCGAGUAUGGAGAAGUUUCGCGAGAGAUUAUUCAGUCCAUUUACUGAUAUUUUAAUAACUAAUGAUGGCGAUCUGUAUCAUGCUUAUGGUGGUAAUGACGAUUUAUCAACAUUGGUAAGGCAUAUCAUUCAACAUAAGUCACCAGUAUCAUUAGAGAGAUUUACUUAUGAUAACAGUGAUCAUGUUAAUGUCAUAUCGAUGGAUCUUAUCUUUACUAAUGAAGAUUCUACUAAGUGGAGAAAUAAACCAUAUUAUAAAGAAGAGAAAUUAAAGUCACCGUUACAGAAAACGUUUCAUCGAUCCAACUUGCAAUCUUUCUUGUAUAAUACAAGCUUUUAUUACGAUAGAGCAUGUAAUUUUACUUCUGCAUGGGGGCUUCACCGGGGGCUUCAAGGGCUUCAUGAUAUGGAUAAAUGUCUGUGUGGAUCUGACAUAAAGAAUGAAUUUCUUAUUGAUAUGAAAAUAGUUGAUCCUGAAUCUGAACCUGUUCUUCGUGAUGGACAAGCAUCAACUACUCCUUGGAAUCGGUUCAUCGUUAAGACUCUUGAUAAAUGAUCCAGUUCUGAUGUGAUCAUUAUGAGUUCUUAAUCAUAGAUCUAUGAAUAGCUUAUAGUUAAUAAAAUUUUGUAUAGCACACGACAAAAAAUUAAUUCUCACCAAAAAAAUUAGUGGCGAUCAUAUUUACCAUUUGAUUGUAAGCCAAAUUUAACUACUACCAUACACCUUUAAAUUAAUUAGUUCAUGAACCCUUAACUCGUAUUUCAACCAACCACUUUUAUUAG